GUAAAUAGGAUCUGGAGCUACAUUAGUGAGACUGGAAAUUUCCCCCCCCCCAACCUUAAGUGUUUCUCCUUCUCUCUCUAAUAAAACAUCUGGGCCUCGUAGGACACCUUUGAGAACUUCUUACAAGAAACAUGCUGGAGGACUGCGGAGCCUGCUUUCACCGGGAAGGUUUCUCUCCUGUGGCUCUUCUCACCUGAUGGCCAGCAGAUGUGGAGGGCACGUGCGCGCGGGUCGGCCUGCGGGCCGCGUGCAGGGCGCGAGGAGUCGGCCCCGGGUCGGCCCCCGGCCCGCCGGCACCGCGGCCUCCUGGCUCAUGGAAGUCGGCGUCCUCUGGCUUCUCGGCCAGAACUGCUGCGCGGCCGGGGCCGUGUGGACCGCCUACGUGAACAUCUCCUUUCGCGUCGGCUCGCGCCUGCUGUCGGAGCUGGGGGAGGCCGGGGUGUUCGGACGGAGCUCGGCCUUGAAGAGGGUGGCGGGGGUCCUGGCGCCGCCGGAGGGGAGGGCGCAGAGCGCGUGCCAGGCCAACACGAGCUUCGGCGACCCGCCGGCGGGCCCGUGGCUCGCGCUCAUCGCGCGGGGCGGCUGCACCUUCACGCAGAAGAUCAGGGUCGCCGUGGGGAAGGGGGCCAGCGGGGUGAUCAUCUACAACUUCCCGGGAACGGGCAGCCAGGUGUUCCCCAUGUCUCACCAGGCGUUUGAGGGCGUCGUGGUGCUGAUGAUCGGGAACCUGAAGGGCGUGGAGAUGCUGCACCUGAUCCAGAAGGGAGUUCGCGUCACAGUCCUCGUUGACGUGGGGAGAAGGCACAUCAUCUGGAUGAAUCACUAUUUCGUGUCUUUUGCGAUCGUCACAACGGCUACCCUAGCGUACUUCAUCUUCUACCACAUCUGGAGACUCUGGGUAGCCCGGAUUCAGAGCCGGAGGCGGCAGCGGCUAACCACCCACCUCAAGCAGGCCUUCGGGCAGCUGCAGCUCCGGGUCCUCAAGGAGGGGGACGCCGAGCUGGGCGCCAGCGGGGACAGCUGCGUGGUUUGCUUCGAGCUCUACAAGCCUGACGACACGGUUCGUAUUCUCACGUGUAAGCACCUUUUCCACAAGGACUGCAUCGACCCCUGGAUCCUGGCCCACGGGACGUGUCCUAUGUGCAAAUGUGACAUCCUCAAGGCUCUGGGCGUUCAGGUGGACGUGGAAGACGGAGCGGAGUCGUUGCAGGUUCUCAUGUCGAGCGAGCUGUCUGCCGCCCUGUCCCCUGGCGCGGAGGGGACCGCCGCCGACCUCCCUGCCCCGGGCGGGUCGGACAAAGGGGCCCCUCCCCAGAACGACAGCCAGCCUCGUUCGGGAGCAGAGGGUGCGGGUCCUUCACCGCGACAGCAUGACCCUUGAGGAGGUGGAUUAAACCUGUUUGUCAACUCAGGUCCUAAUACUGACA